AUGGCCGAGCCCCCAUCAUCAGCGCCAGACAUGGAUCCAUCAAAGCAAUAUCAUCCUGAAUGGGGAGUACUGAAAGAACAAGAUUUCCAUCCACUUACGCUGAAGCAUCAACGUGAUCUCGAAAAUCUUCAUCAGACAGGCAGCCGUAUCCCCGACUUUUACUUUUGGCAGGCCAAUUUGGGUGGAUAUUGCAUGGCAGAUAUGCAUCAAAAUAUUGUUGUUUCGUCAGAAGGUGUGUUCGUCUUGGUUCGACGUAUCGUGGAAGGAGCAGCACAUCCUGGGCGUAGAAAGAAGAAGCAACAGCAACGGCAACAGCAACAGCAGCCUUCUACUACUACUACUGCUACUGCCUCAACAACAUCUUGA